AAGCCGGGGCAGAUUGGAGGAGACUCCUAACUGAUGUCCGAGUAGACUGCGCUCUGAGGAGAGAAAGAGAGCUCUAUACAGCGGGAACUAGAACGUAUAUUAGUCUGGUUCUGGAACUAGAAUCCGGGAUCUUUGGAAAGUUGAUCGAAAACUUAGUUGGUGGAUAUCUGGACCCAAGGUUCUAUAGAAAUGUUACAUCUCAGACACCUGCUUUGGCUGAUGUUUCUCUGUUCUGCUUUAGCUGAAAAAGAUCCAUCAUGGAGGAUGACGGUAGAGAAGGCUGCCCCCGUUAGUGGUUCUCUGGCUGGCAGGGUGGUGCUACCAUGCCACUUCUCCAUCACCCCCACCACACACACCCCCACACUCACCCCUAGCACCCAGGGCCCAGAGGACCAGCUGAGGAUCAAGUGGAGCAAGGUGGAGGGAGAUGGGGAGCGUGUGGUGCUGGUGGCCCAUGGAGGAGUGAUCAAGGUGGGGCAGGAGUACAAGGGAAGGGUGUCUGUGCCCAGCCACCCCCAGGCAGUAGGGGAUGCCUCGCUGAUCGUUGUCCACCUGAGGGCUAGCGACGCUGGGCUCUAUCGCUGCGAAGUCAUGCAUGGGAUGGAGGACACCCAGGAUACUGUUCAUCUCAAUGUCAGUGGUGUGGUGUUUCACUACAGGUCUAGCUCUAGUCGUUACACCUUGUCCUUCCCUGGGGCCAUUGAAGCGUGUCUCGCUGCCGGGGCCACCAUCGCUACAGCCGAACAGCUGACCGCCGCCUUCGAGGACGGACUGGACCAGUGUGACGCCGGCUGGAUAGCUGACCAGACUGUCAGAUACCCAAUCACGAAGCCCCGUCCUGGUUGCAUGGGCGAUAUGAAGCACAGACCUGGGAUCAGGACGUAUGGGCUCAGAGACCCUAAAGAGACCUAUGACGUCUACUGUUAUGUAGAUAAACUACACGGCGAGGUGUUCUACACUCCUGUCAGCUACAAGCUGACCCUUCGCCAGGCCAAGCAUGAGUGUGAGAGGCAGGGGGCGGUGCUCGCCUCCCCUGGUAACCUGUUCGCUGCGUGGCGUGGAGGACUGGAUCGCUGUGAUUACGGCUGGCUGUCAGAUGGCAGCGCCCGCUACCCCAUCUCCGUCCCCAGGCCCCAGUGUGGAGGAGGGCUGCUGGGGGUCCGGACCCUGUACCGAUUCCCCGACCAGUCAGGCUUCCCCAACCCUAUUGACAGACAUGGAGCUUUCUGUUUCAAGGGGAAGGAACCAGAGAUCACCUCUCCUGGACCUGUGACGACCACAGACGCUCGCAGGACAGACGCAGCUCCAGACAAAGCUGAUGCCAUCUACCACACAGCCAGAACUGACCACACAGUUACAGACCCGAUUCACUCAGCCAGAACUGACCACACAGUUAAAGACCAAACUCACACAGCCAGAACUGACCACACAGUUACAGACCCAACUCACACAGCCAGAACUGACCACACAGUUACAGACCCAACUCACACAGCCAGAACUGACCACACAGUUACAGACAGAACUCACACAACCAGAACUGACCACACAGUUACAGACCCGAUUCACUCAGCCAGAACUGACCACACAGUUACGGACAGAACUCACUCAGCCAGAACUGACCACACAGUUACAGACAGAACUCACACAGCCAGAACUGACCACACAGUUACAGACCCAACUCACACAGCCAGAACUGACCACACAGUUACAGACCCAACUCACACAGCCAGAACUGACCACACAGUUACAGACCCAACACACACAGCCAGAACUGACCACACAGUUACAGACAGAACUCACACAACCAGAACUGACCACACAGUUACAGACAGAACUCACACAGCCAGAACUGACCACACAGUUACAGACAGAACUCACACAGCCAGAACUGACCACACAGUUACAAACAGAACUCACACAGUUACAGAGGAACCUCUCCCCACAGACAGACCACACCAGACUACUGCAGAGCAAGACAGAAGUCAGCAUGCAGGUGGACUACAUGAGACAGCUUAUACAGGCACAGACAGACAUCACACAGCUACUGAUAGAACACACACCACCAAACACAAACAUCACACCACUGACUAUACGACAAUAGACAAAGACAGAACUACAGGCAGAAAAACAGACUUCACUGUUGGUACCACUCUGUUCCCUGAGUAUGACGUGGAUGACUUUGGCCCAGACCUAACCAAGGUAGAGUCAGUUCCUAGCAGGGGUGAUACCCUGUUCCCUAUGCAGCUGCCCCCUCUCCCCACCACCCGCUCCCAGCCCAUCCACCCCCACCUCGACAUCAACCAGGGGGGAGACCAGGAGGGACAGGGAGAGACUCAGAUAGGCUCAGGCAGAGGGGAGAGCAGUGGGAGUGGGGAGGGGAGCAGUAGUGAUGGGGGAAGUGAGGGGGAGGACAGGGUAGUAGUGAUUCCUACACAGGGCUUCAUGGCCGGGACAGGGAUGGGAUCAGACCCUUCACGCCCAGGACAACCAGGUUACCCAGGACGUCCAGGGUCAGUCACCCCAGAGCAGGGCCAACCAGGCUGGGACAGAGUGACAGGACAGAAGCCUGCUGUGGUCUACAAGGAGGAGGAGGGCCAGAGCUCUAGAAAAACAACCCAUAGCAUAGCAGGAGCCAUGGAAUCAUACAGCGUGGACCAAUCGGUGGCGAUCCCUCAUGAGGCAUCUCCCACCAAACCACCCUUCCACCUCAUCAUUGUCAACGUGCAUGACAAGAACCAAACAGUCGACCACAUCCUGCAGAUCCUUGGCCAGCCUCUAGGGGGUAAUGGAGAUUUCCAGUCCCCUCUCAUCCCAGCCUUCCCAUUCAUCCAGACUGAGGCCAUCCAGGGCAGCGAGGACAGUAUCCAUCCCAUCACUCUCCCCCCAACACUCAGCUUCAUCAACGGGAAACACCAGGUGACUCUGGAGCCAGAGCUGCCAGGGAAGGAGCAGGAGGCGAGAGGAGACCAGUUUGAGACGGCCACACCAGUCCACAUUGAACUGGGGGAAGAGAUGGAUCAUGACGAGGAGGAGAAGAGCCUCACUCCCUUUGACUAUGGAGCUAUUCAUACUGGAGAGACCAGAGAGUCCACUACUACAGACAGAGACACAGACAUAGACACAGACAGAGACACAACUACAGACAGAGACACAACUACAGACAGAGACACAACUGCUCUUCCCCAGUCUCUUCCCCAGUCUCUACCCCAGGCUCUUCCCCAGUCUCUUCCCCAGUCUCUUCCCCAGUCUCUUCCCCAGGCUCUUCCCCAGUCUCUACCCCAGGCUCUUCCCCAGGCUCUUCCCCAGUCUCUUCCCCAGUCUCUUCCCCAGGCUCUUCCCCAGUCUCUACCCCAGGCUCUUCCCCAGUCUCUUCCCCAGUCUUUUCCCCAGUCUAUUCCCCAGUCUCUUCCCCAGUCUCUUCCCCAGGCUCUUCCCCAGUCUCUACCCCAGGCUCUUCCCCAGUUUAUUCCCCAGUCUCUUCCCCAGGCUCUUCCCCAGUUUAUUCCCCAGCUCUUCCCCAGUCUCUUCCCCAGUCUCUUCCCCAGUCUCUUCCCCAGUCUCUACCCCAGUCUCUUCCCCAGUCUAUUCCCCAGUCUCUUCCCCAGUCUCUUCCCCAGUCUAUUCCCCAGUCUCUUCCCCAGUCUCUACCCCAGUCUCUUCCCCAGUCUCUUCCCCAGUCUCUACCCCAGUCUCUUCCCCAGGCUCUUCCCCAGGCUCUUCCCCAGUCUAUUCCCCAGUCUCUUCCCCAGUCUAUUCCCCAGUCUAUUCCCCAGUCUCUUCCCCAGUCUCUUCCCCAGUCUCUACCCCAGUCUCUCCCCCAGUCUCUACCCCAGUCUCUUCCCCAGCUCUACCCCAGUCUCUUCCCCAGUCUCUUCCUCAGUCUCUUCCCUAGUCUCUCUCCCAGUCUCUUCCCUAGUCUCUCCCCCAGUCUCUUUCCCUCUCUCUUCCCCAGUCUCAGCCUCAUCCCCUAGUUCCCCCAAUACUUCCCCAGAUGGCAUCUUCCCCUAUGAGGACAUGGAGUGGUCAAGCGGCCAUACCCAGGAGGGCUCAGCAGAUGAUACCCGGCCCACCCCAGCCUCAGAUAGCCAACCAGGUGUGGUCACGGACGAGACAGAGAUUGGAGGGGCGGAGAGCGUCGCACACACUCCAUCUCACACACACCACACUUACACCAAAGACACACAAACUCCCUCACAGACCGAGGUAGUAGACUUUGAGGGGUCUACGUCGACAGAAGAGGAAGGCUCGGCCCAGGAGGUGUACCCACAUGAAGACCCCAGAUUCACCAGCCCUGGCAGCCCUGGAGCCAUUGAGGCUCCCCUGGUGGGGCCUGGGGUGGAGGGACAGGUGACUGUUACACCCGAACCGGGAGCCAGACCAGGAGCCAGACCAGCCCAGGCAGGAGAGACUGUAGGAGACCGCACUGCAAAUCACAUAGACUCUUCUACACAGCACACAGACUACCCCCUCCAGCCUACCACGCAGGAUAAAGAUCUCUCCACUCACACUAAGGAUCAGACCAGAUACCCCACUACACAAACCACCCAGCAUGCCACACACGAUAGAGAUCACUCCACAUACACUAAGGAUCAGACCAGAUACCCCACUACACAAACCACCCAGCAUCCAACACACGAUAGAGAUCACUCCACACACACUAAGGAUCAGACCAGAUACCCCACUACACAAACCACCCAGCAUGCCACACACGAUAGAGAUCACUCCACACACACUAAGGAUCAGACCAGAUACCCCACUACACAAACCACCCAGCAUCCAACACAUGAUAGAGAUCACUCCACACACACUAAGGAUCAGACCAGAUACCCCACUACACAAACCACCCAGCAUCCAACACACGACAGAGAUCACCUCACACACACUAAAGAGCAAACCAAACAACCCUCUCACCCUAGAUUCCCCACCACCCACCACCAGGAGCAAACCAGCCUCUCUACCACAGAUCAGAAGACCACACUGCACCUGAACCUGACACACACACCCCCUGCACACCCCUCCACUCCACCUCCCACCCGCGCCUCCAAUUCACCUUCUGCACAUCCCUCCACUCCACCUCUCACCCGCCUUUCCACUCCACCAUCUGCACAUCCCUCCACUCCAUCUCUCACCCACUCCUCCACUCCACCUUCUGCAUAUCCCUCCACUCCACCUCUCACCCACUCCUCCACGCCACCUCUCACCCACUCCUCCAAUCCACCUUCUGCACAUCCCUCCACUCCACCUCCCACCCACUCCUCCACUCCACCUCCUGCCCAACCCUCCACUCCACUUCCUGCCCGCCCCUCCCGCCCCAUCCCUGACUGGGCCCUGACCACCCAGACCCUCCAGCCUGAUGGGGAGGAGUUUGUGGAUUAUGACCAUGUGAAUGGUUCUCCUCUGCUGGAGGCCAGUCCCCCUGUUCCUGAGCAACCCCAGUCCACCUAUCAGCCUGAAACAGGAACUGACUACUACAUCGAGGCCCAGACCGUCGAUGUCAGACCUCUGCAGCAGUGCACGGUAAAUGUGUGUCUGAACAAAGCAUCUUGCUACCAGAGAGGCAACGCCAGCAUCUGUGUAUGUGCACCUGGAUACACCGGACAGCAUUGCCAAACAGAUGUUGAUGAGUGCCAAUCCAACCCGUGUGCUAAUGGAGCCACCUGUAUGGACGGAGUCAACUCCUUCAGCUGUGUGUGUCUGCCCAGCUACACAGGACAGCUCUGUGAACAAGACACGGAGGUGUGUGAGUAUGGCUGGCAGAAGUUCCAGAGCCAUUGUUAUAAGUACAUCACCCACCGACGGACCUGGGACGCUGCCGAGAGGGAGUGUCGUGUCCAAGGAGCCCACCUAGCCAGUGUCCUGUCACAGGAGGAGCAGCUGUAUGUCAACCGUCUGGGCCAUGACUACCAGUGGAUCGGUCUGAACGACAAGAUGUUUGAGAGAGACUUCCGCUGGACAGAUGGCAGCAUCAUGCAAUAUGAGCACUGGCGUCCCAACCAGCCAGACAGUUUCUUCCAAUCUGGAGAGGACUGUGUGGUGAUGAUCUGGCAUGAGGGAGGACAGUGGAACGAUGUACCCUGCAACUACCACCUCACCUUCACCUGCAAGAAGGGCACAGUCUCUUGCAGCCAGCCCCCAUUGGUGAAGGAUGCCUGUGUGUUCGGUUCUAUGAAGCCUCGUUAUGAGAUCAACACUCUGGUUCGUUACCACUGUAAAAACGGUUUCAUACAGAGACAUGUCCCUACCAUCCGCUGCCGUGACAAUGGCCAAUGGGACAGCCCCAAGAUCACCUGUAUGAGCCCCGCUACCUACCAGAAGGCUUUCGUUUCUCGGCAACGUACCGAUAAUCACAAUCAUAACCAGAAUCAGUACAAUCACAACCAACAAUACAACAAUUAAAACAACCAAGACCAACAGAAGAAUUACAACUAGCAACAUCAGGGCAGCCGUAACCAGCAGCAACAGAGCCAGAGAGAGACGAGACAUCAACACUAAUCUGAUUUCUGGUCAGUCCUUAAAAGCGCAGAUAAGGUUGCAAAAUUCCAGGUAACUUUCCCAAAAUUCCAAAGUUUUCCAGAAAUCCUGGUUGGAGGAAUCUGAAUUUCCUGUUAUUCCCUCCUGAUUCCAGGACUCUUCCAAUGGGGAUUUCUGGAAUUUUGAGUAAUGUACUAAUCCCAGACAGAGUCAGAUCAGAUCCAAGGGGUUAGCUAGGGCCAGACGCAUUGACAUACUUUCAGAACUAUUUAUAAAUAUAUAUAGCUAGGGCCCUGGAUAGGGCCAUGGGGUAUUUCACAAGGCAUAAUCACAAUCAGCAAGCCUAAACUCUCAUUAAACACAGGUUUAAUAAACAUUGUAACACAUUGAGUCCAUUUCAAAUUCAACUAGGACAAAUGAAGUUUCAGAAUAUUUUUGAAGUUAGUUGGCUAACUUGAUCUUGAUCUUGCUUAGUGAAAUCCACCCCAGAUCACGUCUGAUUCUUCCGACAACAACACACACUGCCUUAAUGGUUAACACAGCAACAGUGUCUGUCUCUAGAACAGGGGAGCUUUUCUGUGCCUGCUCUAGAGGGACACAUCUCAAUCCAAUGCUUUCUGAAAAUGUCCACUUUAUGCUGUUUCUUUUUCCUGAGAAAUAAUCCACUGAAAAGACACAUAAAAUAUAUAUUUGGCUCACUACUAGAAUGUCUGCCUGUGCCCUGGUGACAAGUUUGCAAUUAUUCCAGUGAAAGAGACCCUAGUUUAUUAUUUGGAAUAAUGAGCAUUCACAUAAUCACAUCAGCAAGUUAUGAAGGUUUAUAUGAAUCAUUCCAUAUUUUCUGCUCACAGAAUGGAAGAUAGAAGUUGAUUGUUCUCAUAUACAACCCCCUUCAGAACAGCUUCAGUUUGUUGUGGCAUGGACUCUACAAGGUGUUGAAAGUGUUCCACAGGGAUGCUGGCCCAUGUUGACUCCAAUGCUUCCCACAGUUGUGUCAAGUUGGCUGGAUGUCCUUUGGGUGGUGGACAAUUACUGAUAAAUACAGAAAACUGUUGAGUGUUAAAAACCCAGCAGCAUUGCAGUUCUUGACACAAACCAGUGUGCCUGGCACCUACUACCAUACCCUGUUCAAAGGCACUUCAAUCUUUUGUCUUGCCCAUUCAUCCACUGAAUGGCACACAUACACAAUCCAUGCCUCAAGGCUUACAAAUCUGUCUUUAACCUGUCUCCUCCCCUUCAUCUACACUGAUUGAAGGGGAUUUAACAGGUGACAUCAGUAAGGGACCAUAGCUUUCACCUGGAUUUACCUGGUCAGUCUAUGUCACGGAAAGAGCAGGUGUUCUUAGUGUUUUGUAUACUCAGUGUAGACUUGAUUCAAUAUUGUGCAUACAGGCAGUAUGUCAUGUGAAUUCAUUUUAUGUAAAAAAAAUAAAAAAUAAUGAGCCACAUGUUUUUCACCA